CAAAAGAUUGCAUGGUGAAAACCGUUUGAAGCUACGUAGAAAAUUUAUGAGGAUAGAAGACCAUUUAGCGUACCGUAGAAAUUUAGCCCCUCCCACAUCGCGUCUUCCCUAACUUCUUCGACGCGUUCCUCUUCGCGACAAUAUCAUCACGACGACACGACCCUCACAAACUCCUUCACCAUGGCUUCCGUCAGCAGACGCCUGGUAUCUCGCUCACGCCUGAACGAAGAAUCAUCUCCAGCACCUCGCGGGCGUGGCAGAGAAUCGCGAGCACCUGCUCGGCAGCAACAUGAUCUCCCACCAUACGAGCCACCAGCCUGCCCUCUGACCGUAGAUGCCAAGCGCAAGCUCGAUGAUCUCAGAACGAAUCGCAGUACUGCGAAAUAUGCGAAUCACAUCAAGACCGCGUUGAAGACGGUAUCGGAGUCCGCAGCGAGAUGCAACGAAAGACUUACGGAUCGCAAAGAGGCAGUCGCCAAAGCGGCCGAGAAGAGGAAGGGCAAAGGCAUCGAGGAUGCAAAUAAGUCGCAGGCGGAAAUCGAUGAAGAGAAUUAUGUGAGGCAGUUCAGUAAGCAGGUCAAGACGGGUACGGAGAAGGCAGACAUUGCUGUUAGAGAGCUCAUUGAUCUGGGAGAUGAACUGGCUGUCCAGGACACUAUUCUCAGAGAGGUGGAUGAGAAUAUUACAGCCGCUCCUGCUCCUCGCCCAGCUAGACGACAGAGGGACGGUGAAGAAGAAGAUGCCGAGAAUGAAGCUGAUGCUCCCGCUGAUGAUCCGGAAAUCAUGAGUGCGAUCGAGCUGCUGAAGAAAGCCAAGGAGGAUUAUGCUAGGCAAUAUCAAGCAAAGAGCUUGAUGCAACGGUAUGCCGACCACAAUGACUAUAAGGGUUUCAAACGGCAAGUACACGAUGCACAACAUACUGGACAAGACAAGCCUCCACUCCCACGUGCCAGUGCUUGGUUUCCAGAGGAGAAUGGUGGAAAUGCCGAAGAAAGUGAUGACGAGGUCAUAAUUGAGAGUUCUACGACUGCUCUCAAGUGUACUUUCACUCUGCAAUAUUUCGAAGUACCCUAUAGCAACAACAAAUGCCCCCAUACAUUUGAAAAAACUGCUAUUGUCGACUAUAUUAAUGUCCAAGGGACAACGUUUGUGGAAGCAAAUGGUCAGCGUGGUGUAAAGAAAGCUAAUUGUCCGCAGUCAGGUUGCGACAAGAUGCUUUCCCUUGAUGACUUCUACGAGGAUCGAAUCAUACUUAGACAAGUACAGCGUGCUAAGAACGCCAAUGCUCGACAAGAUUACGACGAUGACGAUGAUGAUGAUGGCGAGGACCAUGCUGCUCCUCGUGGGACUCAACGCAAUCGGCCGGAACGGAUUGACAGUGAUGAUGAUACCAUGGAUGUGGACGAAGGUACCGCUCGCAAGAACUUGGCAAAGUUCAAAAGGGAACAGACUCGUGGAUUAAGCAUUGCACCAAGCCAUGCCGCAGCUGAGUCUUCUGAAGAUGAGGAAAUUGAGGUGAUGGACAUGGCGUAGUGGUACUGGGCUGAUUUGAAUGGCGUUGUGAGUGGCAAACUCAUUGGCGUUGGCAAAUGGGAGUGGUGUGGUGUUAGAGGUAUGCGCAGCAUUGACGUGUGUGUAAUAUCUGACAUCUGCUACUUUGUAGAACUAUUAUUUCGAGG